CAUCUCCACGGAGGAGACAAGGGCCACCAAGUCCCGAAACACGGCGGGGACCCACUUCCGCGGCAUGAAGCCGAGCAGCCUGUGCGAGCUCACCGGGGCCCUCCUCCUCCUCCUCCUCCUCCUCCUCGGCCCCCGCGGGGCUCGGCCCGGCCCCACGCGGGCGGCGGACAAGCCCGGCUACUGCCCGGAGUUCUCCCUGCACUGCCCGUUCACCAUGCUGCCCACGUGCUGGCGCGACCGAGGCUGCAGGAAGGCCAAGAAGUGCUGCUUCUACAACUGCAGGCGCCAGUGCAUGGAGCCCUGGUGGAGUCUGGACUGAGGCGCAGCCCCCUCCCGGCGGCCCGGCGGUCGGCGCCGGAUCGGAUCCCGGGUCUCCACUUCUUCCCGUUCUCCUCCCCCGCAAGGCUCCCUCUCGUCAGCCUUCAGGGCUUACUAGUUCGAAAACAACACAGAAAUAAAGCGUUAUAUAUUUAA